CUCGUUCAACUUGACGUCACUUCGGAUGUUUGGAAAUUGUGGGAAGUAGAUUAGUAUUGUGGGGGCAGAUUGGGCCAUCCAUCGAUUCAUCCAUUCAGCCAACGUGUAUUCAUAAUCAAUAUUUUCCAGGCACUGUGCUAGGUAUUUGGUGGAUACAGAGAUAUAAAUAAAAGAUCCUUUGUUUUCAAGGAGCUUACCAUUUUUGAGAACCUUUCUACUCAAAGUGUGGUCCAGUAGCAUUGACAUCACCUGGGAACCUGUUAGAAAUGCUGAAUCUCUGACCAGCCCCAGACCUAGUGAAUCCGAAUUGUCAUUUUCACCUGAUCUCCCGUGGUGUGUCUGCAGGAGAAAGAAACAGGACUAGUAUUGCAAUGGAGCUUAUUACUGAUUCAUCCAUCUUGUUCCUGGAUGAGCCCACAACUGGCUUAGAUUCAAGCACAGCAAAUGCUGUCCUUUUGCUUCUGAAGAGAAUGUCUAAAUAAGGACAGACAGUCAUUUUCUCCAUUCAUCAGCCUCGUUAUUCCAUCUUCAAGUUCUUUGAUAGCCUUACCUUGUUGGCCUCAGAAAGAUUAAUGUUCCACGGGCCUGCUCAGGAGGCCUUGGGUUACUUUCCAUCCACUGGUUACCACUGUGAGCUCUAUAAUAACCCUGCAGACUUCUUCCUGGACGUCAUUAAUGGAGACUCCUGUGCUGUGGUGUUAAACAGAGAAGACACAGAUGGUGAAGCCAGGGAGACUGAAGAGCCUUCCAAGAAAGAUACUCCGCUCAUAGGAAAAUUAACUGAGUUUUAUGCCAACUCCUCCUUCUUCAAGGAGACAAAAGUUGAGUUAGAUCAACUCUCAGGGGGUCAGAAGAAGAAUAUUUCAGUCUACAAGGAGAUCACCUAUGCCACCUCCUUCUGUCAUCAGCUCAGAUGGAUUUCCAGGCGUUCAUUCAAAAACUUACUGGGUGAUCUCCAGGCUUCUAUAGUUCAGAUAAUUGUAACAGUCAUCCUGGGACUGGUUAUAGGUGCCAUUUUCUACCAUCUAAAAAAUGAUCCUACAGGAAUGCAGAACAGAGCCGGGGUGCGCUUCUUCCUGACCACCAACCAGUGUUUCAGCAGUGUGUCGGCCGUGGAGCUCCUGGUGGUCGAGAAGAAGCUCUUCAUACAUGAAUAUAUCAGUGGAUACUACAGAGUGUCAUCUUACUUCUUUGGAAAACUGUUAUCUGAUUUACUCCCCAUGAGGAUGUUACCAAGUAUUAUAUUUGCUAGUAUAACAUACUCCCUGUUAGGAUUGAAACCACAGGUGGAGGCCUUCUUCAUCAUGAUGUUUACCGUGAUGAUGGUGGCUUAUUCAGCCCGUUCAAUGGCGCUGGCCAUAGCAGCAAGUCAGAGCGUGGUAUCCAUAGCAACGCUUCUCAUGACCAUCUCUUUUGUGUUUAUGAUGAUAUUUUCAGGGCUGUUGGUAAAUCUCAGAACCGUUGUGCCUUGGCUCUCGUGGCUUCAGUACUUUAGCAUUCCUCGAUAUGGCUUUGCGGCUUUGCAGCAUAAUGAAUUUCUGGGACAAAACUUCUGCCCAGGACUCAGUGUAACAACAAACAGUACCUAUAGCUAUGCAAUAUGUACUGGCAAAGAAUUUCUGGAAAACGAGGGCGUCACUUUCUCACCUUGGGGCCUGUGGAGGAAUCACGUAGCCUUGGCACGCAUGAUUGUUACCUUCCUUACAGUUGCCUACCUGAAAUUAUUAUUCCUUAAACAUUUUUCCUAAAUUUCUCUUUAAUUUACAUGAUUUACCCCACCUUAAAAAGGGAGCAUCUUGAUUUCAGUAAAAAAAAAAAAAAAAAAAAAGCCAGAAGUGAUUCUAAAUGUGCAGCCAGCUUUGAGAAGCACUGGUCUAAGAUGUUGCUUUGCACUCUUGACGAAAUGGAGCCCCAAAUGAGGUUGCAGCUGGGUUUGCAAUUUACAAGGCAAGUGGCAAGUUUGUCUUUUCUAAAGAUUUAAAGUGCCUAGACGAGAGGCAGACACAACAGAGCUCACAGGUGACUCCCUGCCGCCAGGUUGGAUGACAGGGAGCGGCUCUCAGCUGACCCCCAGUGCGAGAGCUGUGUGCACUGGUGGAGUGCUUCCGCCACGUUCCCCAGGGCCUCUGUGGCAGGAUGGAGCAAACUAAGGCCUGACACUGAGGUCUGGGCCGGGCUUCCCUCCUCAGACACACCCUGGGGGCUUCACAUCCCUCCCCUGAGCCCUCCAAGUGUGUGAGCUGCUGCCAGGGGGUUUCACCGGAAGAUGGUGCUGAGUCGCAUGACAGCUGUAUGUGUGCUUAAUUAAGACACUUUCCUGGCCUCAUUAUCCCUCAAGGUCUCUGGGACCAGCCCCUAGAAUCACAGUAAUGACGACAAACCAGCAGCAGUUGUGUUACUCUUUACACCUCAAACAUCUCCUGUGUAUCAAGGAACUGAGACCCAGAGUUUUUAUCACUAGUGGACCACUUAAGUAUCAGAUGGCCCAAGUUCGCUCUCCUUCUCCUCUCUCUGAGAUAUCUUGGCUAACCCAAGAUAGUGCAGAACAUUGAGGCUGGAGUACAGCACACCUAAGGCUCUGUUUAUUCAUUCCUUAAAAGGAAAAACAUUAUUUGUAUUUUACAAGGAAAAAUAUAUUUUACGCUAAUAUCUGCCUGGCGAUGAGGCAUAGAGAAACCAUUUUCAGGGCUUAAUCAUAGAAGAGUGAGCAUUCUAUGUCAGAAGUAUAAUUCUUUCCAUACUCUUUGACUCUUGAUAAGGGCCGAGGUCUACUUUCCUCUGCUUACAUGUGAAUAGAUCUUAUUUCUAAUCAUCAUUGUUCUGGAAACUUCCAUCUACAUGCUGAUCUUUAACUCUUUCCCACUGCAAACUCCUGCCUCAUUUAAAGGCCAUCCCCUCACCUGCAAACGCUGCCCUUUCCUCAUCCUUAUUGGAAUCUCAAAAUCCACUAGGGUAGAUCUUGGCAUAACCAUCGUGGGUUGUGCCUGUGGUAUAAUUAUUAGUAGUGUCCCAGGUUUGGAAAUAAAUUAUAUGGUCACCCUAAAAUCUUCCAGUAUUUUGCCAACACUGCGUCUCUCCUUAGUGGUCACCUACUGCCUCAUUCUCCUGCCUUCACCCACCUCCUGCCAUCCUCCUUGGGGACAUUAACUCCAUCCUGAUGAUGUUCUGGCCUCACAAAUCAUUGACUGUCCAUUCUCCCCCCCGCCACCGUCACUCAUGGUUGCCAUCUUGCCUCACCCCUCACAUCACUCUUCAGUAGAGGUUGGUUGGAAUCUCCUGGGGGCCAAACAUUGCCUUCACUCUAAGUGCCAGUUCUUGAAUGUUGUCUUCUAUGACCCCAGCUUCCCACUCUCCCUCUCCCCUUCCUUCACACUUGGUGAUCCCACCCUUGACCUUUCUCAUCACCUUGAUUCUUGCCCUCGUUCUCUCCUUUCAGGCUGCCUGGUUUCUCUUGGUCCCACUUGCUGUUAAUCCAGCCUAGGACUCCUGCCGGUGUUUCGGUGCCAUGUUGAUUCAUUGUGUCUGCCUCUCCCGUUAGGCUCUGAGCUUGGGAGCCCCAUAAGGACAUGAUGAUUUUCUUUUUCCUGCUGAAUUCCUCUCCUAUCCUGCAUGUUUUAGGUCCUCAUUAAAUAAAUUGCAUUUGCUGUUCUUUCACACUUCUCGAAGCAGAGCCCUCAUACAAAUAAUUCUCUCUUCAUCUCUGCCGCCAAAAGCCUAGUUCUUUUGUCUGGUUUGUUGAAGAUGACUUAUUUUCAUUUCUCAUUUUGCUGUCAGAAUUCUUCCUGCUUCCCUUAAAUUAGCUUCUAUUGCUAGGGGAAAAGAAGUCUCAGUUCUCUAAAUCUCUGUCCCACUCCAGGCAUCUUGACCCUGUGGCCAUUUUCUGUCCUGCAGCAGACUCCCUUUCACUUUUCUUAGUAUUCUGUCACGCUGUCAGUUUUCUUUCUUCAACAUACUUAUCUCAUCCGUGAGCUUUGUAUUUGUUCUUAUACCAGUCAGAACAAUUAGACAUACUGUGUUCUAUCUUCAUGCUUUCCCUCUCUUACCUUGAAUCACACAAUGAUUAGC